AUGGGUUAUAGAAAACCAUUAAAAGAAUUUACAACACCAUUGGGGUCAGGUGCAGGUGUGCCAAAGGACAAAAGACCAGCAAAAGUUACAGAUUCAGCGACAAGAUUAGCAAAACCUUUUAAAGUUCCCUUCAAAACGCGACUGGAAACAGUAAGUGGUAUAAUUUCACAUAGACCAGUUAGAUCCACUCGUAAAACAACAAACUAUGCAAUAGAUGAUUUUGAAAACCAAAGUCACGAUAAUGAUGCAAAUGUGAAUGAGAAUGGGGAAAUUAUAAGAGUUAAAAAAUUUGGUGCUUUAUUACCAAGAUCAAUGAAUCAAAUAAAUAUUGAUAAUAAUGAUGUUAAAUUUAAGAGAUCCUUCACUAUACCGUUUAGUAAAAACAACACCAAGAAAAAUGAAUUUAAUAGACCACCUCCACCACCAUUGGGAAAUAAAGUUAUUCCAAUACUACCUCCUCGUGCAUUACAUGAUCCAACCUCUGAAUUUGCUAUAGUUUUAUAUGAUCCAACUGUUGAUAUAAUACCCAAAAUUGAAGAAUUAGACGAAGAAGAACCUCCAAAAUCAAAUCACCUGAGUUCAUCAAUUGAACCUGAAGAAUCAUCAGAAAUUAGUCAACCACCAACCAAAAAAAGAAGAGUACAUAAAUCAUUAGCUGAAAUAUUAGGUAUAGUCACAAACCCAGAAGAGCAAUUAGCAAAAUAUCCAGAUGUACCAGUUGUCAUAGAUCCAAAAUUAGCUAAAAUUUUAAGACCUCAUCAAAUUGCGGGUGUUAAAUUUCUUUAUAGAUGUACUUCAGGUUUAAUUGAUCCAAAAGCAAAAGGAUGUAUAAUGGCAGAUGAAAUGGGGUUGGGGAAAACUUUACAAUGUUUAGCAUUAAUGUGGACUUUAUUAAAGCAAUCACCGAGAGGUAGGAAAACAAUUGAAAAAUGUAUAAUAGUAUGUCCUUCAUCAUUAGUUAGAAAUUGGGCAAAUGAAAUAAUAAAAUGGUUAGGUGAAGGUGUUUUAACUCCACUAGCGGUAGAUGGUAAAAGUACAAAAUCAAAUGAAUUAGGUACUGCAUUACAACAAUGGUCAACUGCAAGGGGUAGGAAUGUAGUAAGACCAGUAUUAAUUAUAUCAUAUGAAACAUUACGUAGAAACGUUGAUAAAUUAGCUGGUACAGAAGUAGGGUUAAUGUUAGCUGAUGAAGGUCAUAGAUUGAAAAAUGGAGAUUCAUUAACUUUUACAGCAUUGAACUCACUAAGGUGUGAAAGAAGAGUUAUAUUAUCAGGAACUCCUAUACAAAAUGAUUUAUCUGAAUAUUUUUCAUUAUUAAAUUUUGCAAAUCCGGGAUAUUUAGGUACAAGAAAUGAUUUUAGAAAAAAUUUUGAAAAUUCUAUAUUAAGAGGUAGAGAUGCUGAUGCAACUGAUAAAGAACGUGAGAAGGGAGAUGCAAAAUUGGUAGAAUUAUCAACUAUGGUUUCUAAAUUUAUUAUUAGAAGAACUAAUGAUAUUUUAUCAAAAUAUUUACCAAUAAAAUAUGAAUAUGUAUUGUUCACUGGUUUAUCACCAAUGCAAAAAAAAUUAUAUCAUCAUUUUAUAACAUCUCCAGAAAUUAAAAAAUUAUUAAAAGGUAUAGGUUCACAACCUUUAAAAGCUAUAGGAAUGUUGAAAAAAUUAUGUAAUCAUCCAGAUUUAUUAGAUUUACCAGAUGAUCUAGAAGGAUGUGAACAUUUGAUUCCAGAAGAUUAUCAAUCUUCUAUAUCGUCUGGAGGUGGUGGUGGUAGAAAUAGAGAAAUUCAAACUUGGUUUAGUGGGAAAUUUAUGAUUUUAGAAAGAUUUUUACAUAGAAUUAAUUCGGAAACUGAUGAUAAAAUUGUAUUAAUUUCAAAUUAUACUCAAACUUUAGAUUUAAUUGAAAAAAUGUGUCGUUACAAGAAAUAUGGAUGUUUAAGAUUAGAUGGUACUAUGAAUAUAAAUAAAAGACAAAAAUUAGUUGAUAAAUUUAAUAAUCCAGAAGGUUCGGAAUUUAUAUUCUUAUUAUCAUCAAAAGCCGGAGGUUGUGGUAUAAAUUUAAUUGGAGCAAAUAGAUUAAUUUUAAUAGAUCCAGAUUGGAAUCCAGCAUCUGAUCAACAAGCAUUAGCAAGAGUUUGGAGAGAUGGUCAAAAAAAAGAUUGUUUUAUUUACAGAUUUAUAUCAACUGGUACUAUAGAAGAAAAAAUUUUCCAAAGACAAUCAAUGAAAAUGUCUUUAAGUUCAUGUGUAGUAGAUGAAAAAGAAGAUGUUGAAAGAUUAUUUAGUGCUGAUAAUUUAAGACAAUUAUUUCAAUAUCAACCAAAUACUGAAUGUGAUACUCAUGAUACUUAUAAUUGUAAAAGAUGUACAAUAGAAAAAGGUCAAAUUGUAAAAAGUCCAGCUAUGCUUUAUGGUGAUGCUACUACUUGGAAUCAUUUAAAUCAUGAUAAACUAGCUAGUAAUGAAGAUAGUUUAAUUGCUGGUGAAUCUCAAUUUAAUGAUAUUUCUUUUGCAUUUCAAUACAUUUCUCAUUAG